GCUGGACAUGGGGGCUACCUACUCCAUACUUCCUUCCUAUUCUGGCCAUCUUACCCCUUCCCAGGUCUCAGUCAUGGGAAUCGACGGGACCCCAAGUAUCCCCUACCAAACCCCACCGCUCAUGUGCUCAUAUAACUCCACUCCAUUUACCCACUCCUUUUUAGUAAUCCCCACCUGCCCAGUACCCCUCCUAGGACGAGACAUCCUUUCAAAGCUAAAGGCCAUCAUAACCUUCCCCACCGCCAACUCACAUAGCCUCUUUCUCCUAGCCCUCACCUCAGAUACCGAACACCAAAAAGCCCUAUCCGAACUACUCCCCAGAGUCCACCCUCAGGUCUGGGACAUUAACAACCCGUCUGUAGCUACACACCACCAGCCAGUUCAAGUCCGCCUUAAAGACUCCUCGCCUCAUUUUCUCUCCCGCCCUCAAUUUCCCAUCUCUAAAGCCCACCGUAUGGGUAUCCGACCCAUCAGAGAGAAACUAAAAGGUCAAGGCCUCUUAAUCCCCAUUAACUCCCCAUGUAAUACCCCCAUCCUCCCAGUACGAAAACCCUCAGGACAAUAUAGACUGGUCCAGGACUUGUGCUUAAUCAAUGAAGCCGUAAUUCCCAUACAUCCAGUUGUCCCCAACCCAUACACCAUUCUCUCUAACAUUCUCCCGGGGACCACCUGCUUCUCAGUCUUAGACCUAAAGGAUGCCUUCUUCACUAUACCUCUACACCCCAACUCCUACUUUAUCUUUGCCUUCACUUGGGAUGAUCCCCUCACGAACAUGUCCCAACAACUGGCCUGGACAGUCCUUCCACAAGGCUUCCGAGAUAGCCCGCACCUAUUCGGCCAGGCACUCACCACCGACCUACUCCACUGCAACCUCAAACCCUCUCACCUCCUCCAGUACAUAGAUGACCUUCUUAUCUGCUCUCCCACCUGCCAGGAGUGUAUCCAGGCCACCACCGCCCUACUCAAUUUCCUAGGAGACAGGGGAUACCAGGUGUCACCAACCAAAGCACAAAUAGCCUCACCCACCGUCACCUACCUAGGUAUACAGCUCACGCCUGGGCGACGGUCCAUCACAAUCGACCGACUACAAGCCUUAAAAGUGCUCCAGGCCCCUGAGUCAGCAAAAGAAAUCCUCUCCUUCCUAGGACUAGUAGGGUUUUUUCGCCACUGGGUACCUAAUUAUGCUUUGCUAGCUAAGCCCCUAUACCAUGCUGCUGCAGAAGCCCCCGAAGGACCACUUUCCUCACCAGGUUCUGUCAAUCAGGCGUUCAAGUCACUGCUUAACACCCUAUGUACCUCCACCAGCCUAGCCCUGCCUAAUCCCAACUUACCCUUCCAAUUAUAUAUGGACGAGAAACAACACACAGCUGUAGGAGUGCUAGUCCAACCAGUAGGAAAGACCCUUUUUCCCACAGCCUACCUGUCCAGACAACUUGACCCAACUGAACGAGGAUGGGAGCCCUGCCUUAGAGCCCUAGUGGCCGCUGUCACCCUAACCACAGAAGCUCUUAAGAUCAAUCUACAACUCCCACUCCCAGUCUUUUCUCCACACAGGUUGACCGAGCUGCUCAGUCAACACUCCCUGCCCCACCUUGGGCCCUCCCGUAUCCAACUGCUUCACCUACUGUUUAUUGAGAACCCCAACAUCACCCUCUUCCAUUGCUCCUCGUUAAACCCGGCUACCCUCCUCCCUUGCCCUCCGUACACCAGCCCCCUACAUUCCUGUACUGAAAUCCUCAAAUUAGCCCAGUCCCCUCGCCCCGACUUGCUCCCUCAACCCUUACCAUCUGCCUCCAUCACCCUAUUCGUUGAUGGCAGCUCUAUACCCCAUCCCACCAGCCCACGGAGAGCAGCCUAUGCUAUAGUAACUCACUCUGAAAUUAUAGAAACCCACCCCCUUCCUCUUGGGACCACUUCACAACAGGCUGAACUAGUCGCCCUUACCUGGGCCCUAUCCUGGUCCCAGAACAAAGAAGUGAAUAUAUAUACUGACUCCAAGUACGCCUUCCUCAUAGCUCACUCACACUGCAUGAUCUGGAAAGAACAGGGCUUCCUCACCACUAAAGGCACGCCCGUUCUCAAUGGAAAACUCAUUGCUGCCCUUAUCCAGGCCGUUCAACUCCCUAGCAAGGUAGCCAUCGUCCACUGUAAAGGGCAUCAGUCCCUGAACUCACCCAUAGCCGUGGGGAAUGCCUUUGCAGACAGGGUGGCUAAAGAAACGGCAAGAAACCAUCCGCCACCCACUUCCACUCUCUGUUUCUUGUCCAAGUCAUAUAGCCCCCAAUACUCCACCUCAGAACUUCAGAUCCUCCAGUCUACCCCUGGGGUAUGGUUCAAGGAUGACUGGGCCUUCAAGCAUAACCUCCUCAUCCUCCCCGAAAAGCAAAGGUACCAAAUAAUCCAAGACAUCCACAAUUCACUCCACAUUGGACCUAAAGCCCUAUACCAGUUCCUCAACCCACUCUUUCACCCCCACCACCUCCUCAGUACCAUACAGGAAGUCCAGUCCUCCUGUACUGUCUGCGCGGAAACUAAUUCCCAGGGUUCCUGUCAUCCUCGGCGCCAGCUUCAUCAGCUACGCGGGUUCCUACCUGGCCAAGACUGGCAAAUCGAUUUUACCCAUAUGCCAAAGCACAAAAAGUACCGAUAUCUGCUAACCAUUAUUGACACUUUUUCAGGCUGGAUCGAAGCUUACCCCACAGCCUCUGAGUCUGCCGGGACAGUGGCCACUCAUCUCAUUCAAGACAUCGUCCCACGCUUUGGACUCCCGGCCACCAUACAGUCAGACAAUGGCCCAGCCUUUAUCUCCAAGGUCACUAAUGCUGUUUCUACCUCUCUAGGAAUUCAGUGGAAGCUACACGCCGCCUACCAUCCUCAGUCCUCUGGUAAGGUGGAACGGGCCAAUGGCCUCAUUAAAGAACAUCUGACCAAGCUCAUGCUUGAGCUCCGCCAAUCCUGGGUAACUUUGCUUCCUAUCGCCCUCACCAGGUUAAGAGCAAGCCCCCGAGGCCCAUCGCAGCUUAGCCCGUUUGAGCUGCUGUAUGGUCGCCCCUUCCUACUUUCAACUCCCCCACCGCCAGAAACCACUCCUCUAGACAGUUACCUCCCCUACUUUACUCUCCUUCGCAACCUUCUCCGAGAGCACGCCGACGCUUCUCUUCCCCAGCCCACCCAGCCAUCUGAAAAUACACAAAAAGUCUCCCCCGGGGACUCAAUUCUUAUUAAAUCCCUCUCCCCAAAGCCCCUCGCCCCCAAGUGGGAGGGACCAUAUACCGUCAUCCUCACUACUCCAUCGGCCAUAAAAGUUGCUGAAGUCCCAUCUUGGGUUCACCUGUCUCGGGUAAAAAAGGCCCCUCAAGGACCCUCUUCAUGCUGGAAGGCUGUUCCUACUGGCCCUUUAUCUGUCAAACUUACCAGGGCCUAGCAGCCACACCCCCUACAGAUGGAGAUUUUUCCUAACUGACAACUAUACCAAAACCACCUUUAUCUGUAACACCCCCCCAUACAGCCACAACCAUCUCCUUGCAACUGCUGACUGUCCCGCAGCCGGGUGCCAAAGCUCCAUAUACCUAAACUUCACUAAAUUCUACAAUGUCCAUGAAGGAAUUGGGGUUUUACCUGUCAUAUGCUUCAACUAUGACCAACCAUCAGGAAAAUGCAGUGAUACUCCCUGGCGCUCCUGCAUGGGCUGCACCUGGGGUGAUUGCUCUCUACAUGCAGCCCUUGACAUACAGUGGCACCCAAACAUUCCUGCCUGGCUCAAAAUUGUUCCAGACGUAGAUGGAGAAGGAAAUGUCAGAACCGGUUAUACACGGUAUUCUCUUCUCAUACCUGACCCUUGGAAUGACCGGUGGAAAAGCCCCCAGAAAGCUGCCCUAUAUGACCUCGGCACCACCGCACAUCCCUCCUCCCACCUGUAUAUUUGGCGGGCAUACAUACGCACAGCCCACCAAGUCCAUUCCGCUAUUAACCUACAAGAACAAUCACUAAAUACCCAACUGCAACCACAAUCGUCUCCGUUUUCCUAGCUAACCUUUCUCAAAGAAGGAAUCAAGUUAGCUAACAUCUCAGGAUUAGCGGACCUAACCUCAUGCCUCAUGUGUGCCUCCUUAGGACAGACUCCCUUCGUCGCAGUCCCCUACCCCAUCCCUCUCAACCUUUCAGCCUCAACUUCUCCCUUCUCCCCCAUCAAGGAAGUAAACCUCUACACUCCACCUGGUUUUACACAGCUACCAGUAUGCUACUCCCUAGGCCGGACCUACCCCAACUGGAACAAAACCAUACUGGUAACCACCAAUCUGACAGCUCCAAAGGGAACCUUCUUCUGGUGCAACAGACCCUCACAAAAACUCUCCACACCGGCCAAUCCCCGACUCUCUUAUGCCUCCCAGUGACCUUAGUCCCCCGACUCACUAUAUGUUCCUCAGCCGAAUCCCAAAUGCUACAAGCGCCGCUCCACCGCACCCGGCGGGCUGCUUUUCUGCCCCAGCCGUAGGCAUCUCCCUGGCAACCUCGGCACUUGCGGCUGGACUGGGAGGAGGGGCACUAGCCCACUCUCGCCAAGCAAUAGCCCGGCUAACCUCACAAUUCCAAACGGCUGUUGAUGACUCUGCUGAGUCGUUAGCAUCUCUCCAACGACAGAUUACCUCAGUUGCCCAAGUUGCCUUACAGAACCGAAGAGCCCUGGACCUGCUCACCGCCGAGCGAGGGGGGACCUGCAUCUUCCUACAGGAAGAGUGCUGUGACUACAUCAAUGCAUCCGGCCUAGUAGAAACCCGAAUCGAGAGCCUCCAGAAACUCAGAACUAACCUGCAGAAUCAGAAGUUCUCGGCUGAAGCCACGGCGUGUUCCUACAGCGGCGCUUUCAAGAACUGACUCGAGUCACCAUCCACCAGAUGCUGCUCCAACCCCACCCUGAACGAGUGCUGGAAGCGGACCUCUCCCUGAACAUCCAGGCUCCUUAGGAAAAGAGACCUCUUCAGAACCCCCUGUCAACCCUUGUCAGCAGGAAGUAGCCAGAGAGACAACCGACGCCCCUGACCCCCCUCCCUUUUCUUUUCUUUAAGGAGUCGGGAAUGUUUGGAAAACUGUCCCUGUCGUCAAAGCCUUCCCACUCCCACACAAAGGGACUCCCUUAUGUUUCACUCUACAUACCGUCCUGGCCUUCCCGCCCGGCCACAGCCACCUCCCGCCCGGCAACCGGCUGACCAAUCACCACCCGCCUCAUCAGCUCUCCCCAACUUCCUGCCUCCCGGCUUCCCGCCUCCCAGUUUCCCGCCGCCCAGUUUCCCGCUGCCCAGCUUCCCGCCCAGCGGUUUAAACUGACCAACCGUUGCCCGCCACCUCGGCUCUCUCGGCUUCCCCACUCCCUCAGCCCUUCAGCUCCCUAUAAAAGAACUCUGCUCCUCUGAGCGGUGCGGCCAUUUUCAUGUUCUUCCCGGCUGGUCCGCCCGGAGGCUCUUUCCUCUCAAUAAAGCCUGAACUUAAGACUUUCUUCUAA